UGACGUUUCUGCCUGGAACUGUCACAAUUUUCUCCAUCUUCGGCAGCUGCUCGAAUUUCAUAUUUUCGCUUUGGCACACGCAAGGUGAAGAAAAAAGUUUGCCAUCCGAAUCUUCCGGAUUAUUUGCUCCGUUGAAUCCACUGCUAACUCCCGUCAUCAUGAGCGCAAGGAACAUUGCCCGUCUGGCCGUGCAGACCACCCGCCAGUUCUCCAAGACCCCGGCCGCUUCGUCCGGAGAGGUCGCCGAAGGCUACAAGCAGCUGAAGCACAUCCAGGCUAAGUUCCAGAAACCCGAUGGCAAGCCUGUGCACCUGAAGGGAGGCCCAGUGGAUCAAGUGCUGUUCAUGACGACCAGCGUGCUCUGUGUGGUCGGUUUGCUUGGAAUCGGUAAACUGAUCUACGAGCUGAGCUACCCCAAGCAGGAGGAAUAAGCCGUCCUUGUCAUUGGAAGUCGGCCGCCUAUAGUUAUACGCUAAGUCCUGAAAGUUACAUCCGAAAAAGUUAGUCAAAAUUGUCUCAAAACCGGCAUUUAAUUGCCCCCCUUACGAGUGACCCUCCUUUCAGGGGGCGUCGCUUAGCUGAAUUGGAUUUCUAUAGUGAAAGAUGAUUGGAUCGAUACGGGAUUGUAUCGUGGGGAGGGUUUCCGUUUUUCCCCCUCUCGCCACGAUUCCAACGGAUAAUUCCAUUUUAAAUGCAGUUAUGUGUGUUCACCCCUUGUACCCCUGAUCUGUGUAAAUCCUAUCACCGGAACGACGUGUGCGUAUUUAACCCUGUGCAUUUAAAUGACCACACGGCAAAUAAAUGGUUGUUUUGAACAAUGUGGCCAAGAA